AUGGAGAAGGUGCGGGAAGGACCGGAGCUCGGCAGCGGGAUGGAGAAACCCGCGAGCCCCCAGGAGCCAGCGUCGCCGCCCCCGCCUCCGUCGCCGCCUUCGCCCGCGGCCCCUGAGACCCCUGGGCUCCCUGCGCCCGAGUCGCCAACCGAGGCCCACGCGCGGCAGCUGCUGCUGCAAGAGUGGGCGCCGCCGAGAGGGAGCCUGGAGCUGCCCCCUCGCCUCACCUGGAAGCUGCUCUUCCUGCGGCGGCCGCUCUACCGCAACCUACUGCGUUCGCCCAACCCCGAAGGCAUCAACAUUUAUGAGCCAGCGCCCCCUACCGGUCCCACCCAGCAACCCCUGGAGGCUCUGGGCAAUUUCCGCGGCUGGCAUAUCAGGACUGAGAAACUCCAGCAGAACCUCAGCUGGACGGUGAAGCAGCAGUGCGUGGACCUUCUGGCCGAAGGCUUGUGGGAGGAGCUACUGGACGAUGAGCAGCCGCGUAUCACGGUCAUGGACUGGUUCGAGGACAGCCGGCUGGACGCGUGUGUGUAUGAGCUGCACGUCUGGCUGCUGGCGGCUGACCGCAGCACAGUCAUCGCCCAGCACCAUGUGGCCCCCCGCACCUCCGGGAGAGGCCCUCCCGGCCGCUGGAUCCAGGUGUCCCAUGUAUUCCGCCAGUACGGCCCUGGCGUCCGCUUUGUCCACUUCCUGCACAAGACCAAGAACCGGAUGGAGCAUGGUGGGCUGCGGCGGACGAGGGUGACCGACUCUUCUGUGUCUGUGCAAUUCAGGGAGUGA